UCGCCGGCCCCGCCCCCUCACCCCCGCUGCCCGGGCGAGGGCCUCUAUACCCACUCGACCUGAUCUAGCGCUGUGUAUCCGCUACCCGCUUUCAUUUCCGCGACCACAGCCCAGCACUCGCGCGGGCCCUCCGUUCCAGAAGCGAAGACCCAACCGGAGUGCUCGGAACCCUCCUGGAAAACCCGGAGCUUGAGUGCCAGGGCGGCGUCUGACGAGGCUGGCCCGGGGACCUUGGCAAGCGAGACUCCAGUCUCGGAGAGGCGCGGGGUCGCGGAUGGGCUCGAGCCGGGAGACGAGGACCCGCGGGGCGCGGCUUCCCGGUGGCUGCUCGGCGGUACCCUGGAUCGAGGGGCGACGGACCAAAUGAGACCUCCGCUUCUCCGAGCCUUGUAGAGGUUUCUCGGAAGGAGAAACCCCUCUGCUUGCUCGGCGCCCUUCGGACCGCCUGCGGGGAAUUGAAACAGCGCCCCGGGUCGAGCAAUCGGACUGCGAGGCUGCGGAUGAGUGAGUUCCGCAGGCUGAAGGGGGUGGCUGAGAGGGCAGCCCCGCGGCCCGGCGGGCAGGGGCCUGUGGAGAGGGGAACUCCGUGGAUGGGGAAGGUGCAAUGGCAAGAAAUUUAUCUGUGAUCUUGGUCCUGACCUUCACCCCGUUGGUGUGGUGUGUCACAAAUCCCCUUCAUGAACCAGAACCACCAGCUGCUUUCCCUCAGACUGCUGAGAAAAUUGUUCCAAAUUGGGAAUCAGGCAUCGAUGUCAACUUGGCAGUUACCACACAGCAACAUCAUCUACAACAACUUUUCCAUCGCUAUGGAGAAAAUAAUUCCCUGUCAGUUGAAGGGUUCAGAAAAUUGCUUCAGCAUAUAGGCAUAGAUAAGAUUAAGAGAAUCCAUAUAAACCACGACCAUCACUCUGACCACGACCAUCACUCUGAUCACGAUCAUCACUCUGAUCACGAUCCUCACUCUGACCACGAUCAUCACUCUGACCACGAUCAUCACUCUGACCAUGAUCGUCACUCUGACCAUGAUCAUCACUCUCAUCGUAAUCAUGCUGCUUCCAGUAAAAAUAAUCGGAAACCUCUUUGUCCAGACCAUGACUCUGAUGGUUCAGGUAAAGAUCCUAGAAAAAGCCUGGGGAAAGGCUCUCACCGACUGAUCAAGGAUGGUGUUGGUGCUAGUGAAGUGACCUCAACUGUGUAUAAUGCUGUCUCUGAGGGAACUCACUUUGUAGAGACUAUAGAGACUCCAAAACGUAGAAAAGUUCUCCCUAAAGAUAUGAGCAGUUCCACUCCACCCAGUAUUAGAGAAAAGAGCCGUGUGAGCCAUGUUAGGAAAACAAAUGAAUCUGUGAGUGAGCUGAGAAAAGAUCUUACAUAUUCCAAAAACGCAUAUGAAAAUACUCAGGAGUGUUUCAAUGCAUCAAAGCUGCUUACGUCUCAUGGCAUGAGUAUACAAGUUCUGAUGAAUGCGACAGAAUUCAACUAUCUCUGCCCAGCUAUCAUCAACCAAAUUGAUGCUAGAUCUUGUCUGAUUCACACAAUGAGUGAAAAGAAGGCUGAAAUCCCUCCAAAGACCUAUUCUCUACAAAUAGCUUGGGUUGGUGGCUUUAUAGCCAUUUCCAUCAUCAGCUUCCUGUCUUUGCUGGGUGUUAUCUUAGUGCCUCUCAUGAAUCGGGUGUUUUUCAAAUUUCUCCUAAGUUUCCUUGUGGCCCUGGCUGUUGGGACCUUGAGUGGAGAUGCUUUUUUACACCUUCUUCCACAUUCUCAUGCAAGUCACCACCACAGCCAUAGCCAUGAAGAAUCAGCAAUGGAAAUGAAGAGAGGACCACUUUUCAGUCAUCUGUCUUCUCAGAACAUAGAAGAAAGUACCUAUUUUGAUUCCACAUGGAAGGGUCUGACAGCUUUAGGAGGCUUGUAUUUCAUGUUUCUUGUUGAACAUUUACUCACAUUGAUCAAGCAAUUUAAAGAUAAAAAGAAAAAGAAUCAGAAAAAAACUGAAAAUGAUGAUGAUGUGGAGAUUAAAAAGCAGUUGUCCAAGUAUGAAUCUCAACUUUCAACAAAUGAGGAGAAAGUAGACACAGAUGAUCGACCUGAAAGUUAUUUACGAGCAGACUCUCAAGAGCCGUCACACUUUGAUUCUCAGCAGCCAGCAAUCCUGGAAGAAGAAGAGGUCAUGAUUGCUCAUGCUCAUCCUCAAGAAGUGUACAAUGAAUAUGUACCCAGAGGGUGCAAGAAUAAAUGCCAUUCUCAUUUCCAUGAUACCCUUGGCCAGUCAGAUGAUCUCAUUCAUCACCAUCAUGACUACCAUCAUAUUCUCCAUCACCACCACCACCAAAACCACCACCCCCACAGUCACAGUCAGCGCUACUCUCGGGAGGAGCUGAAAGAUGCCGGCAUUGCCACAUUGGCCUGGAUGGUGAUUAUGGGUGAUGGCCUGCACAACUUCAGCGAUGGCCUAGCAAUUGGCGCUGCUUUUACUGAAGGUUUAUCAAGUGGUUUAAGUACUUCUGUUGCUGUGUUUUGUCACGAAUUGCCUCACGAAUUAGGUGAUUUUGCUGUUUUACUCAAGGCCGGCAUGACUGUUAAGCAGGCUGUUCUUUAUAAUGCUUUGUCAGCCAUGUUGGCAUACCUUGGAAUGGCAACAGGAAUUUUCAUUGGUCAUUAUGCUGAAAAUGUGUCUAUGUGGAUAUUUGCACUUACUGCUGGCUUAUUCAUGUAUGUUGCUCUGGUUGAUAUGGUUCCUGAGAUGCUGCACAAUGAUGCUAGUGACCAUGGAUGUAGCCGCUGGGGAUAUUUCUUUUUACAGAAUGCUGGAAUACUGUUGGGUUUUGGAAUUAUGUUGCUUAUUUCUGUAUUUGAACAUAAAAUUGUGUUUCGUAUAAAUUUCUAAUUAGAGUCUAAAUGCUAGAAUAGCUUGUAAAACACUUCUAGCUGUAGUUUGAAAAGGUCAUAGGGAGAUAAGUUUGUAUGCUGUGAUGUGCAGCUUUUAAGGUUAGUGGAUUUUGUGAGUUUUUGUAUUGAAUAUUAUCAUUUGUUAGGCUUAUAAGGUCAAUUAUGGUGGUAACUUAAAGGUCCGUUUUAAUAUUUAAGUUAUUCUAUUUUGGGACUGUAAGCUAUAUGUGCAAUUCACCAAUAUUACCAGUUUAUCAUAUAAACAAGAGGUUUGGCAUGACAUGUUCUGUAUAUUUCAGGAAAAAUGUCUUUAAUUCUUUUCCUAGAACUAAUAUAACACAGUAAUUCACAUGCUGGAUUUUAAGCCUCGAAGAACUACUGGUAUUUAGUAGUAAAAAUGUGCCUGAAGCCUAAGAUACCAAUGAAACUUGUUUGUACUAUGUUUAAGCUAGGAAAUAAGAAGAAAAAGAAGAAUCCACUAGAAUUGAGGAGGCAUUGAUUUGUCAUGCAAAACCACAAAACUGGUUAUAAAAUAGAAGACAAAAGCAUAUUUAAAUGAGAAAAAGCAAAAUUAGUUAAGUAUACAGUGCAUUCAUAAACUUUUUGAUAGUGGAUUAAGGUUCCCAUAAAAACAGCACUUUUCAUAUGCUAAUUUAGUUGUAUAUUUAACUUUGUAUAAUAGUGAAGUCUAAAAUAUAUAUUUAAUGAGUUCAAGCAGUAAAUCUAUUGACAAAUUGGAAUUUAAAAAUAUUUGUGUGGAAAUAUACCAGAUGAGUAUAGUAAGUUUGUGUAUCACCAGAAGAUUUGGGUCAUAAGUUAUAUGGUUGAUUGGAUAUUCUGGUUAUGUGGUUUACCAAAUGUCAGUGUUAGAAAUUUGAGAUAUAUGAGGACAUUAAAACCAUACUGAUACAAUUUGACUUCUUGAAUUCAGAAAGUACUUUGGUAUCUUGCAGUGCUUCAGUGUUAUUAUUAUGAGCAUUUUAUAGUACUGUCAUUUUAUAGUACUGUAGACAUACUAGGGCCAACUGUGGCAUUCUCUAGAUGUUGUUUUCUAAAAAAUAAAUUCCUCAUGUCAACGUGA